AUGCUGUCAAGGUCAACGCUCUCAAUAGCGAGCGCCCGCCGCGCAGGCUGGGCAGCGUCGACGUCCAGCGCCCGUCUUGCGCUCGCAUCGACAUCGGCAUUGCCAGCUGCUACAUUACGCACAUUCGUCUCUUCGUCACCAGCCGAAUCAGGACGAGGCGGAGACCGACCAUCGUAUUCGAAUCGCGACGCAGACCGCAACAAUGCACGACGUCCUCGCAACGCAGACGCAGGCGGUAAUGCAGUGCAGCAGUUCAGCCGCAAUCAGCGCUUUGCACCCGAUGGCACCAGGAAGCGCCUCCCGCAUCCCAACGCCAGGCCCCGCUCGCAGCAUGGAAAGGACCGUGGUGAGCCCCGCUCGCAUAGGCCGCAGCGCGAAGACGAGUCGAUGCACAAGUUCGGCUCCGCCGAGCCAUCGUCCUCGCCAGCUUCUAGCAGGAGGGACUCGACCGUGUCCAGGAUUCGAGCUCGCAACGCUCCAGCGGCUGCCGAGCAGGAAGGCGAGGAUAUGCGAUUCGGCGAAGCAGACUCAGCAGAUUCUGCAGCGGGGUCAGCAACAAGGGCCGACGACGAGGGCAUCUCGAGCGGUCCUCGGGCGUUCGAAAAGUCCGAUCGACACCACGCCGCCAAGCAAAAGAAGAAGGAGGGCCGCGGAUCCUUGCUGGACGCAGAUGCCGACUACAGGCGCGGCGCUCCUCGUGCUCAACAACACGACGCCCACACGCGCAACGCUCACGCACGCCGUCCAAAGGGACCCGUCAACGACGCCUCGAGCGCAGCCGAAGCCGAGCCCGAGGUCAAACGAGGCGCAGCCAAGCCCAAAAUCAUCAAGGUGAAGCGCAACCUGUUCCUGCCCGAGGUCAUCUCGGUCAUCAUGCUUGCCACGCGCAUGGAGAAGAAGCUGCGUGCGAUUCAGAACGUCAUGGCCGACCUCGGCAUGCAGGACACGCGUCCGGAUUGUAUGCUCAAGUUCGAGGACGCCGAGAUGAUCGCGGCCGAGUUCAAUGUGGUGGCGAUCGCCAACGACGAGGCGAGCUUCGACCUGUUCCCGCGCCCGCCGCCCGAGACGGAGAAGGAGCGCGCGAGCUUCCCGCUGCGCCCGCCCGUCGUCACCAUCAUGGGCCACGUCGACCACGGCAAGACGACGCUGCUUGACAAGCUGCGCAGCACCUCGGUGGCUGCCGGCGAGGCGGGCGGUAUUACGCAGCACAUUGGUGCCUUCAGCGUGCCGAUUUCGGGCGUCGAACAGGAUAAGGGCAAGCGCAAGGGCUACAAGGGUAUUCAGACCAUUACGUUCCUCGACACGCCGGGGCAUGCGGCAUUUACGGCCAUGCGGAGUCGAGGCGCGAUGGUGACGGACAUUGUGGUGCUCGUCGUGGCGGCCGAUGACGGUGUGAUGCCCCAGACGCGCGAGGUGAUCAAGCUCGUGCACGAUGCCAAUGCCGAGGCGGCGUCGUCCGACGGCAUCGAGCAGCACAGGGUGCAGAUGAUCGUCGCGCUCAACAAGGUGGACAAGACCGAUGCGGACCCGGAGCGCGUCAAGCGCGAGCUGCUCGCGGCGGGCGUCGAGCUCGAGGAGCUCGGUGGCGAUGUUCCCUGCGUCCAUGUCUCCGGCAAGACGGGUAGGGGUCUGGACGAGCUCGAAGAGACGAUUGCCGCCGUGGCGGAGCUGGCGGAUCUGCGUGCGGAGAAGACUGGCCUGCCCGAGGGAUACGUGCUCGAGUCGCGCGUCGACAAGGGACGCGGCAAUGUGGCGACGGUGCUCAUGAAGCGCGGCGAGCUGGUCAAGGGCGCCAGUCUGAUUGCCGGGACGUCGUGGUGUCGUGUGCGAGCGAUUCUGCACUCGAGCGGACGACCGCUGGCCAGGGCGUUUCCGGGAGAUCCCGUAUUGGUGGCGGGAUGGAAGGGUUUGCCGACGGCGGGAGAUCUGAUGCUGGGUGCCACGGACGAGGCGUCGUGCAAGAAGGCGAUCGAGAACCGCACCAAGGCGAUCGAGCAGAAGCGGCUUCUGCAGGACGUGGAGCAGAUCAACGAGGCGCGCCGCAUCAAGGCCGAGCUGGAAGAGGCCGAGGCGCGCAAGGAGUUUGAGGAGCGCCAGCGCAGGCGUGCUGCUCGACUCGCCGCCAGCGACGGCAAGGAUCCGCUUGCGGCAAUCGCUGAACUCGACGAGGCGGCUGAAGCAACUUCUCGCGCUGCUGCGGAAGAGCAAGUCGAGGUGGAGACCAGCACCGAGCCGGAAGCGGUGGGCAAGAAGAUGCUCAACGUCAUUGUCAAGGCCGACUUUAGCGGCACGGUCGAGGCGGUCGUCGGGGCAAUUGCUUCGAUUGGCAAUGCCGAAGCUGGCGUCAAAAUUGUCUCGGCCACUGUAGGCGAGCCGUCUGAAGGUGAUGUAGCCAAAGCGGCUGCACUGGAUGCAACGAUCAUCGGGUUCAACGUGAACCCAUCCAAAUCGGUGCUUCAAGCAGCUAGUCGAGCCAAACCAACGCCGGUGCGCAUUAUUGCCUCGGACGUGAUCUACCGCCUGAUGGAGUCGGUCUCCACCUCGGUGGCCGAGCUUCUUCCGCCGCUGAUGGAGCCGCGCGUGCAGGGCGAAGCGGUGAUCAGCCAGAUCUUCGAGAUCAACCUCAAGAAGAACGCCACGCGCAAGAUCGCCGGCUGCAAAGUCACCAACGGCACCAUCACCAAGUCGGUCGGCGUGCGUAUUUUGCGCGGCAAGGAUCGCACAGAGGUCUACAGGGGCAGACUGGACCAGUUCAAGCAUCUCAAAAAGGACGUCACCGAAAUGCGCAAAGGCACCGAAUGCGGUAUGGCCUUUGAAGGGUUCCAGGACAUCCAGCCCGAUGAUGUCGUACAGAGCUUCACUGAGGUCGCCGUACCAAGGACGCUGUAA